AUUAUGUGUCAAAGAGACAGUGGUUUCAGACAUAUUGACUGGAAGUUUCGCGCAUUUGCUGAUUUUGAGGACAAAUUUUAUGGUCUUGUUUACCGAGGAAUACCUUGUUGUCAUUGACUGGAGUCAUUCUCUACAGGAUAAUCUCAUGACUUGAGCCAAGAUGGGGCGGAUCUUCCUGGAUCACAUGGGAGGGACGCGCCUUUUCUCCUGCGCAAACUGCGACAGCAAUCUCACCAACCGCAGGGAGCUCAUCUCAACGCGAUUCACGGGAUCCACGGGCCGCGCGUACCUCUUCAACAAAGUGGUCAACCUGUCCUACAGCGACGUGCAGGACCGCAUGAUGAUCACGGGCCGGCACAUGGUCCGCGACGUCUUCUGCAAAAACUGCGACACCAAGCUGGGCUGGAUGUACGAGUUUGCCACGGAGGACAACCAGCGGUACAAAGAGGGACGCAUCAUCCUAGAGAGGGCGCUGAUUAUUGAGAGUGACGGUUUUGAGGAACGCGGUGUGGAAGGGAAUAACUGAAUCCAAAUGGUCACCUUGCAUUGUUUGUACAUAGUAACUUUGACAGUUCCCAAGAGGCAGCGUAUUGUUCUGAAUGGCCUAACCUCCACAUCAAUCCACAUCACUCGCAUAUCUCACAAGUGGGCAAUUCCAGUAUUGUGAAAGGAAGUGUAAUGUCCGUGACAGAGCCAAUUAACCAUGAUAUCUAAUGAAUGAUU